AUGAACGAAAACUCGUACGCGGCUGAUGCCGCGCAGCCUCUCUGUCAACCCACCGCGACUCAUGCUGACGUGCACAACGCGGAAGGAAAUAUCGCCGCGCCGUGCCCUCCAAAUUCAUUCCAACCACUAGCCCAGUCCAUGGAGAAAGGAAAAGUGGAGGGCGGAUUUGACAACAUCUAUGUGUCCGCGAGCUACGUUGCGCCCUAUGCGCUAAGUGCCGCGCCCUACUCCCCUCCGGGGUUCGCCGCGAUGCCGCCGUACGCGGGCGAGUGGCAGGCCCCGCAGUGUCAGCCGCUCAACUACCCCUACUCCGCAGCCAUAGCGAUGCCGUACAACCCCCAAGACUGGAAUUGGGGGCAACCGCCGCCAUCCACCGUCCCCUGCCCGACGUCCUCAUCCGGCUGGGGAAGGGCGGGCGCCGUGAGCUCUCCCCCAGGGAAAGACUCACGGCUGACCCCGUUCAGCCUCAACGCCUACGCCGAGAUGUACUGCCUGCUUUGCGGGGAGGAAGGCCACCCCUACGCCUCGUGCCGGCUCUUCAAUGACAAGUUCGUCUGCUUCUUUAACGAGCACGACAGCGGGGUCUACAUCAUGACCCACAACGAGUGGCUGACCAAGGCCCGUCUCAGUGACGUCGUGGAGUUUGUCGAGCGCACCCUCCACAUCCCGCGCUCCCUGUGCGAGAUCUGGCUGGACGGCCGGUCGCUGGGACACCAGUCUGGCACGGCGGCGAACUCUCGGAACAUGAUGCUGAGCCCUAAGGAGAUGAACAUGCGGUGCUGUGAGCUCCGGCUCGUGCCAGGGGCCGCGGUUUACGUGUCGGGGUGCGGGAUUUGGGAGCCCCGUCAAGGAGGGGUGUUCCUCCGGCAGCGGCAACGCGACUACAACCCUUACCCUGCCGCCGCAGAGCCCCCAAGGGGGAUUCCUGCCACGGAGCCGCUCGGGAUACCGGCGGAUUCGACGCAGCCCGCGACGUGGGCAUCUCAAGGGGAGUGCUACGUCGACCCCUACUCUCAUCCGUACAACACGGCGCAGAGUGCCGAGGGAGGUGAUGAGAACAUCUCCGCGAUGACCAGCGCCCCACCCCCAUCAUCCGCAACGGUGGACCCCAGCGAUACCCUGGAAUCUGAUGCUCACGUGUGUCCCCCAAACGAGGCCUGGCAGACGUAUGAACCCGACUGUGGUGAUCAGGGUAAAGUGGCAGAAGAAGAGGAAAGCGCCACCGUCUGCAACAACUCUGGAGAAAUAGUACCUUUUCUGUCGGCGUCAAAUUCCUCUACCCAUUCAGGGCCCUUGCUAUCUCAAGUGAGCGCAAAGGCACACCUUCUGACUUCUGCCGUUGCGGCUGCAGGCAAGCAGUGGAUGAAUAUUAGGCGCGGCGUACCACAGUCUUUUGUCAACCCCUUUUUACCCUUGGCAAUGAGGAUUCAUGAGCGGCAGCAACAAAAUCAUGCGCGGGCUCAUCGCAGGAAAGCAAAUAAGAGGAGGAUGCCCCCGAAAGCGGCUAAGCCCGCGUCGACUGGGAGUCUCGCGGCGGUGUCUGACGGUGUAUGCGACGACGACGAUGCUCAGCGCCUCGAGCGGACCAUUUACGUGAAGUUUCUCCCUCAAGAGGUGGACUCCUUCAAGCUGCGCCAACUCUUCGACGAGUAUGGAGAAGUGCGUAAAGUGCGCCUCGUCUGGCCUAGCGCGUCGUCCCAAAACUCUUUAGCCGACGAAACGGAGCGGCCGUUUUUGGUCGGGUUUAUCGAGUACGCCUCGCCUGAGGAGGCGGACGCGGCCUUGGCAGGGCUGCAGGGCCGAUGCCUUUGCGAUCAGUUCCGCCUCGUUGUCGCUAAGCCGAAACAUGCCAUUACGGGCUCGCAUUCGAGCGAUUAUGAUGUGAGGGUACCCAAGCCGUGCACCUUUGGUCUGCCGUCCAACGUGGUGGAGGCGGUGGAGUUGAGCCUCGGCUUGCGAGGAAGUCCGCUCGAGAGCCCUGCGCCCACCCUCGCGGCGUCAGUCGACGACAAACCGGAGGCGGGCUGCGAGCCGCCGAUCCACCCCUCCCUCGUGGGCAACGCCGUCGAGACGAACCGCGAGCCCGUGGACUGCUCUGCCCCUCCUUCCACGCGCAGUGUUGAGGAAAAAGGGGGCAACGCGGCGGUGGAAAAAAAGAAAGAGGGCGGUGCACCGCCCACCAUGGGGCCGGCACGGCGGGAUCGCAUGCCUAGACUGCCGGAGCGAAACCGUGGUCUGCUAGUGGAUGAGUGCUGGAGAUCCCGCAUACACUUCUUGCGGGCACAGCGGGUUUGCGAGAACGUCCGAGAGUUUGCCGCGCAGUACGCCAUGAGGAAGCUGGAGCCUAUCUACGCCUCUGCGCUCCAUCAUCUCUAUUUGGCGCUCUACUUCCCCCCAGAAUCCUCCAACGAGGAGGAUCUGGUACCCAUUGACACCUGUGGCGUUAACCCCACCCUACCCAUUGACGGACCGCUCCCGAAUCCGAUACUGCUUCGUCUAGAGAUGCUGACAUACGAGGUUGCGCUGUACAUUCACCACGACCAAUACAAGGAUGGCAAGCGCGCAGCGCAGAGCUCGCAGCAGGUGUCGGAGCUGGCAUGCAGGUAUGUCCAAAUGCUGAGUCAUGAGCCCGUUCCAGGCGUCCAAAUCGAGAACUGUUGGCGAGAACUCUUUACUACGUCGACCUCGUUCGCUCAAUACAGUCCUCACAGGAUUCACGCGGCGAUGGUGAACUCGGUGGUAAUAAACAAUGAUCCAUCCGAGUGCGUCGACAUUCCCACGAUGGCGGCUAACGCCUCCGAUAAGACCCCCUUCAAUGGGUUUUUCCCUCGCAUAGAGGUAGCCUAUUGCUUCCUGCAUCGACUUUUGCAGCACGCUCUUCUGUUAGAUAGCUAUCUGAGCUCCGAUUCGGGUGCGGUUCGACUCAAAAUUCAUCACUUAAACAACAUGCUCGCGGGAAUCGAAGUAGACAAUAAUCUCGGCGACCCCAGCCUGUCGUUGGAUGGGCUCGAAUACAGCGAUAUUGAGUACAUUCACCGCAUCCAGAUGUUGCUCAUAGACGUUGCGCAAGCACUUUAUCAGCAGUUUAAAGAUUUCUACAACAAAAAAGGCACCCUUGUAGUCAGUGAAUCCGCACUCCCGACAGGUGAUGGCAACCCCGCAUGCGAUUCCCCAGGACUCCCGAAGCAAGAGCCCUCGGUGAGUGCGUCAUCCAUCCUGGGCUCGUUGAUUGAUGACUGUUCAGGAGGCCCGGGUGAGGCUAUGUUCAUAAAAUUUUUGGAUACGCUCAUGCUGGAAAGAGUCCCGCGCUGCUCCGUGCUCAUGCAAAAUCGCGGGAAGGCUAAGCUGCUGAACCGCCUGCUUCCUGGCGUCUCGAGGUAUCCCGUAGAGGUGUUGUCGAAUAGGAUUGGUUGUUUUAUUUUUUGA